AUGAACUCCCUCGCCUCCCUACCCCAAAAAGCACUGCGAUGCAACGAGCAGGCCCCACCGCUCAAGCCCACGCUCAGCAAACCGAUUGAGACGACCUGGCCGGGUGAUGAUAAGCUGAACGAAGGAGGGAGGCGGUCGGGUUGGGCGUCAAGGCACGGGGGAAGGGAGUACACCGGUCUUGGACGUGAUUCUGGGGAGCAGAGUGAACGGAAGAGGAAAGAGCCGGGUGCUCUCCACGGGGCGGGGAGUGCGAAGCACACACGGGGCGUCCCUGGACCCGCACAUGGGAGAAUUGGGGCCGCUCUCGAAUUGACGGAGCCAAGAACAAGAGCCGAGGCUUGUAACGGAGGCGCGAUGACGUGGCUUCCGACGUGGAACCGAGAGCGAAACGGGGAGGCGAUGACUCGGUAA